UUAUCAAAUACCAAGGGUUUUACUUUUAAGUUGAAACAAAAAGACUGCAACUUUCAUAACUAAAUCAUCCAAUUUUUCCUCAACAAUCAAUACCCGCCAUGAGAAGAGCUUCAAGUUCACUUCUUUCACACCUCACACGUCAAAAACCCAACAAAACAACCCCUCCAUUUCUUCCAAGAACCUAUAUUUCCAACACCAAUCACCACCCACCCACUACCCAUCUCAAAUCCUGCACCAAAACCAACGCUCUAAUCCUAAAACACCGCCAAUUCCAAGCAAACCCAUCUCAGGAAACUGAAAAUAGUCUUCAAAUCUCAUCCAGGCAGCGGAAAAUCAAGGAAAAAGUCGAAAUCGAGGAGGCUUUCGAGUCAGCGAAAACGUCUGAUGAAAUGCUCCAAGCUUUUAAAGAAAUGGAGGCUUCUUUUCAUGAGAAGGAGCUUGGCUUAGCUUCAUUGAAAGUUGGUUUGAAACUUGAUCAGGAAGGUGAGGAUCCCGAAAAGGCGUUCUCUUUCGCUUCUAGAGCUUUGAAUAUUCUUGAUGGUGAUGGUAAUAAUGGUAAGCCUUGUUUAACUGUUGCUAUGGCUUUGCAAUUGAUGGGUUCUGUUAGUUUUAGUUUGAAGAAGUUUAGUGAUGCUUUAGGGUAUUUGAAUAGGGGUAAUAGGAUAUUGGGUAGGCUUGAAGAGGAGGGGGUUAGUAAUGUGGAGGAUAUUCGGCCUGUGUUGCAUGCUGUGCAGCUCGAGUUAGCGAAUGUGAAGACGGCUAUGGGGAGGAGGGAGGAGGCUUUGGAGAAUCUUAGGAAGUCUUUGGAGUUGAAGGAAAUGAUUAUGGAGGAAGAUAGUAAGGAAUUGGGUGUGGCGAAUAGAGAAUUGGCGGAGGCUUAUGUUGCGGUUUUGAAUUUUAAGGAGGCAUUGCCGUUUGGUUUGAAGGCCUUAGAGAUGCAUAGGAGUGCGCUCGGGAGUAACUCUGUGGAAGUUGCGCGCGAUAGGAAGCUUCUUGGGGUUAUCUAUAGCGGGUUAGAGGAGCAUGAGAAGGCGUUAGAGCAGAAUGAGUUGUCGCAGAAUGUUCUGAAAAAAUGGGGUCUUAGUUCAGAUUUGCUUCAUGCGGAGAUUGACGCUGCUAAUAUGCAGAUAGCAUUGGGUAAGUAUGAUGAGGCUAUUAAUACUUUAAAGAGUGUUGUUCAGCAGACGGAUAAAGACAGUGAGACUCGAGCAAUGGUGUUUGUUUCUAUGGCCAAAGCUCUCUGUAAUCAAGAGAAGUUUGCUGACACAAAGCGGUGUUUGGAGAUUGCUUGUGGAAUCCUUGAUAAGAAAGAGACAGUUUCUCCGGUUGAAGUUGCGGAAGCUUAUUCAGAGAUAGCAAUGCAAUACGAAACGAUGAAUGAAUUUGAGACGGCAAUUUCUUUAUUGAAGAGAACACUUUCUUUACUCGAGAAGCUCCCACAAGAACAGCACUCGGAGGGAAGUGUUUCUGCUAGAAUUGGAUGGUUACUUCUGUUGACUGGUAAGGUGUCUCAAGCAAUUCCUUAUUUGGAAAGUGCUGCUGAAAGGUUAAAAGAGAGCUUUGGCUCUAAGCAUUUUGGAGUGGGUUAUAUUUAUAACAAUUUGGGAGCAGCAUAUUUAGAAUUGGAUAGACCACAAUCAGCAGCACAAAUGUUCGCAGUUUCGAAAGAUAUCAUGGAUGUGGCCCUUGGUCCUCAUCAUACUGAUACAAUUGAGGCAUGUCAGAACCUCUCAAAAGCAUAUGGUGCCAUGGGAAGCUAUGCCCUUGCCAUUGAAUUUCAGCAGCGGGCUAUCGAUGCAUGGGAAAGCCAUGGACCAAGUGCACAAGGUGAACUAAUGGAAGCACGUCGAGUCCUUGAAGAUCUAAAAUCAAAAGCACGUGGCGCAAAUACUCAGUUUCCUAAAAAGGCUUUGCCCUUGCCUCAGAGCAGUCCUUCUGGAAGAAGCUUACAUCCUGAUAUUCCUCUUAAGCAGAAGGCGGAAGCAAACAGGCUUAUUUAGUCUAACACAUUGCUCCAUUUUUUCUUGAACACUUAAAUAAAGCUGUCGAUCUACUGCUGAAUCUAACGAGAAAGAUCUCCUGAUCGGUUGGAUGGAAAACUGAUCAUCUUUCUCCCUUACAUCAAUACACUCAUCCCCCAUGAUUGAAACAUGGUGACGCUGUCUUGAUUUUAACUUUCCAGGCUUCUGCUCUGUUUUGGCCAGUGAUCGACUUCUAAAUCGAGUCUGAGUUUCUGUUGAUUCACCUGUUUCUUGUUGCCUGUGAGGUAAUAGAACUCCUUCCUCUUGGCCGCCUAAUUCGAUCACGACAAAAUCUUCAUCCCCGCCCAUCAUGCAAUCAGCGUAAGUCUGCGAGCCUUGCGGGGAAGAGCUUGGUGCAAUUAUCUCAUCAAUAGGAUACCUAGUAGUGCCUGAAAUACUUGUUCUACAAAGCGGACAAUUCGUGUUACUUUGCAGCCAUAUAUCGAUACAAUCUAAAUGAAAUGAGUGGCUGCAGUUUGGCAGAACACGGAGCAUAUCCUCAUCUUGAAACUCAUUCAAACACACCACACACCCGUAAACACUUCUCUCAUGAGCUUCACCUCUUCUAUACUGAAACGUAGGGAUUUCGCGAAUGACGUGUUCAUCCAGUCCCCGAUUCCACAUUGUAGGAGAUAGAGCUAUGAACGAAUCCUCAUCUCUUCGAGCACGCCAAGUAGCAAACCUCGUUAAGAGAUUAAGUUGGUGGAAAUUGAAGUAGCAACAUUUGUUGAUAAAGAUAUAAUAGACAAAUAACAAGAAAGCUGUGGCUACAAUGGUUAGUACAGCAAUGACUAGUAUAGGAAAAGCAUGAUCUGAAGGUGAUUGAUUUUGGAUAGGAUUUUCUUGUGUUUUGAAGGGUAAUGCAUUGAGCUUUAAAUGAAAGUAUGUAUGCUUUGUUGCCAUGUGAAAAUAGAGUUGAAUGAAAAAUGUUUGGGUUUUGAGA